UCGGGCCCUCUUUGACUUAGGAAAGCAGGGCCGAGGAGCCGGCCGGCUGGCGGCGGGGCAGCCAUGGAGGGCACGGCGCGGAGGCGGCAGCAGCCAGGAGCGGCGGGCGCGCAGCCGGGCGCCUCCUUCCUGCAAGCCAGGCACAGCUCCAUCAAAGCCGAUGAGGCCGCCGGCACGGCUCCCUUCCACCUCGACCUGUGGUUCUACUUCACUCUGCAGAACUGGCUUCUGGACUUUGGCCGCCCCAUUGCCAUGCUGGUGUUCCCUCUCGAAUGGUUUCCGCUCAACAAGCCCAGCGUGGGGGACUACUUCCACAUGGCCUACAACAUCAUCACACCCUUCCUCCUGCUCAAGCUCAUCGAGCGAUCACCCCGCACCUUGCCUCGCUCCAUGGUCUACGUCAGCAUCAUCACCUUCAUCAUGGGCGCCAGCAUCCACCUGGUGGGCGACUCCGUGAACCACCGCCUGCUCUUCAGUGGCUACCAGCACCAUCUGUCAGUCCGUGAGAACCCCAUCAUCAAGAAUCUCAAGCCCGAGACACUGAUCGACUCCUUCGAGCUGCUUUACUACUAUGACGAGUACCUGGGCCACUCCAUGUGGUACAUCCCCUUCUUCCUCAUCCUCUUCAUGUACUUCAGUGGCUGUUUCACUCCCACCAAAGCCGAGAGCUCAAUGCCAAGGGCAGCCCUGCUCUUGAUGGUGCCCAGUGGCCUGUACUACUGGCUCCCCCGUGGGAUGGUGAGUGUCACGGGAAGGACUGACCCCUCUCUCAUGGGAAGCCUUCAUCAAAAUGGAAAGGACCUUCUUACCUGGAGCCAGCUGCAACCCACCUCCAGGUACCUGGUCACCGAGGGCCAGAUCUUCAUCCUCUUCAUCUUCACCUUCUUCGCCAUGCUGGCCCUUGUCCUGCACCAGAAGCGCAAGAGCCUCUUUCUGGACAGCAACGGCCUCUUCCUCUUCUACUCCUUCACCCUCACCCUCCUGCUGGUGGCGAUCUGGGUCGCCUGGCUAUGGAAUGACCCUGUACUCAGAAAGAAGUACCCAGGCGUCAUCUACGUCCCUGAGCCCUGGGCCUUCUACACCCUCCACAUCAGCAGCCGACGCUGAGUCCCUGGCACCGGCCCCCAGUGCUCUGUUGGCAGGAGAUGGGCCAUAGCGGGGGCGUGAGCAUGGGGGGCCGGGGCUGCGCACGCACGUGUGCAUAACCAUGACUGAGAACAUGAGUGAGAGUACACAUUGUGCACAUGGAGAGGUAGGUGUGUAUGUGCGCGCACAUACGUGUGGAGUGUAUCAUCGGAAGACUCAAUUGUUUUGUUCAAGUUUCUGUUUGGUUGGGAUCUCUCCAGGGUGGGAUUUAGUUUACAGGCAGUGUGUCCAGGCCAAGAUAUGAGCAGUGCCUUCCUGGGAGCCUGCCUGGAGUCGGGGCCCCUCACUCUCACUGCUCAGGGCUGAUCCUUCCUUCCUGGGAAGCUCCUGGUACCUGUACAGGGGAGCCCUGGGUGGGGCUGUGGGGAGGGGAUUUGGCAUGUCAUCUAGCCCCUGGCCCACUCCUCAGACCCACCCUGACCCUGGAAGCCAGGUUACAUAUGUUACAUGAACUUUCUGUGUAUUACAUGAACUUUUUGUGUAUUACUGAGCAAAACAUGUCCCUUCUCUGGGUUUCAUUUCCACUAGAUGGGCCCAGGGUUCCAAAGUGGGUUGGUGGGCUAGUUGCAGUCUCCUCUUGGGACAGCCUGGGAAUCGAUGAGUAGUUUUAUAUGGUCACUGUCCUUGUACCCUGAAAGAGGUAUGUGCACCCCAGGCCCUCACCCUGCCUCAGGUUGUGCGGGGUGUUGAGCCACCCGGCCCCAAGGAUGCACAUGCCAGCCUGCUCACCUACUCCCCAGCCAGAUGUUGGGGUCUGGCGAUAGCAGCUCUCCAGCCACCUCCCUCUGCCAGAAGCUCCGUCUCCAUCUUCCAGGAGGGUCGUGGCACUCACUUCCUGUCAGCCUGACUGCAGGUUUUUGAGCUGCAGCUGAUGGCAGGGUCCUCAAACCCUUGCCCUGUUCCCUGAACUCCUUUGGGGGGCAGGUAUUGAGGCUCCCUGCAGUCGGCCUUGCCUCAGUCUGAACCUCAGGCCUCCUGCCAGGGCCCUGCUCCCAGAAAAGGAAGGCCUCAUUCCCAGCAGGACGCACCCCCGCUUCUCCAGGCGCUAUGUACAGGUCUCCUCACAGCUGCAGGGAUCACGGCCGCGUUCCCAGCCAGCACUGGCCCACGUGUGCUUGUGGGUCUUGAGGGGCCUGUCUUGCCUUCCCUGGGCCCCACCUCCUCCUCUGUUCUCAGGGAGCCCCAUGCCUCGGAUUCUCCUUUCACGUUGGGGCCCCUCUGCAGCCACUAGGGUUUCCCCAGCCUCUGGUCGGUCCCUGUCUGCUGGCAGCAUCGGGUGGUGAGAGGUGUGA